AUGGCCAGCCCCUCGCAGCUCUCCCCUCCCCUGCAGCCCGGGUGCCUCUUGGCUGGACCUGCGUAAAAAUUAUAAAAGGCUGUUUGGCUCGGAGCCGUCCGGAGGAUCCCGGCCGAGCCUGCCAUGGGGAGCAGCGGCGCCGGGGUUGCUUUGCUGACGCUGUCGCUGCUCCUGCAGCCCACGUCGCAGUUCUGGCUCUUCAAUGUCCUCUUUCCACCCACCACCACGCCAGAAGCUCCCCCGACAAACAGCACGCCGCCCGUGGUGCUCGUGCCUGGGUGUCUUGGGAACCAGCUAGAAGCAAAGCUGGACAAGCCAGAUGUGGUGAACUGGAUGUGUUACCGCAAAACAGAGGAUUAUUUCACCAUCUGGCUCAACCUCAACACCUUCCUGCCAGUGGGAGUUGAUUGCUGGAUUGAUAACACCAGGGUGGUGUACAACCGAACCUCUCGGAAGAUGUCCAACGCCCCAGGGGUGCACAUCCGCGUUCCUGGCUUUGGCAAAACCUAUUCUGUGGAAUACCUGGAUCAGAGCAAGCUGGCAGGCUACCUGCACACCAUGGUGCAGAACCUGGUGAACAACGGCUACGUGAGGGACCAGACAGUUCGGGCAGCCCCCUACGACUGGAGGGUUGGACCCCAGGAGCAGCCCGAAUACUUCCAGAACCUGAAGGCGCUGAUCGAGGAGAUGCACGACGAGUACCAGAGACCUGUCUUCCUCAUUGCACACAGCAUGGGCAACCUGCACGUCCUCUACUUCCUGCUGCAGCAGACCCAAGCCUGGAAAGAUCAUUACAUUGGGGGGUUCAUUUCCCUGGGUGCCCCCUGGGGAGGCUCUGUCAAGCCCCUGCGUAUCCUGGCAUCCGGUGACGAGCAGGGCAUCCCACUCAUGUCCAACAUCAAGCUCCGUGAGGAGCAGCGCAUGACCACCACCAGCCCCUGGAUGUUCCCCACCACGCUGGCCUGGCCCGAAAGCCACGUUUUCAUCUCCACGCCCUCCUACAACUACACCUACCGCGACUACCAGCGCUUCUUCACCGACGUCAACCUGGAGGAUGGCUGGUACAUGUGGGAGGACAUGAAGGACUUGUUGAAGGAUUUGCCCCCUCCUGGGGUGGACACGUAUUGCCUCUAUGGCACAGGCUUCCCCACUGCAGAGACUUAUGUUUACGAUGAGCGGUUCCCUUAUGAGGACCCUGUGGACAUAAUUUAUGGUGACGGGGACGACAGUGUCAGCACACGGAGCUUGGAGCUGUGCAAGCGAUGGCGUGACCAGCAAAAGCAGAAGGUGUUCGUCCAGGAGCUGCAAGGUGCCCACCACUUCAACAUGAUCUUCAGCAACCUGACACUCAGUUACAUCAACGAAAUCCUGCUGGGGAGCAAAGAGGAGCAGGGGGAGCCAGGGCAGCUGAGAUCCAGCCCAGAGGCUGGGAAGUUGGGGAAGAUCCUACGUGAACACAAGGUCCUUAAGAAGCCUAAAAAGAACUGAAAGGACGGAGGGCCAGCUUCCCUCCAUGAUGGUAGGCAGCACAAACUGCUGUGCAGGGGAGCAAAGGACUUGGAGCUGAGUUUGGAAGGAAAGUGAGCAAGGCCAACAGCUCGGGUGGAUGGGCUGGCACCCACUUCCACACUGAUUGGUUCUUCUUUCGGGAAUGGUGAUUAAUUUUACUUCAAAGGCUUGUCACUUCCCACCAGCGGGUGGAUAAUUAACCGUGCUGCCAGCUCAUUAACACCACACUUGUGAAUUCCAGUGUACACACCAGCCCUUUUUAAACAAGCCAUUUUUAGGCACUUUAGAGGUUGUGGACCUGUGGUGCCAUAGCUUCUGCUCACUUGGGACAGAGCAACUCAUGUGUAACAAGAGCAGGCUCUGACUUACCAGGUGGUCACAGAGGUAGUAGCAUGGGGGUAGCACAGUAGGUAUGGCUUACAGAGCAGCGAGCUAGGCUCCUUGGGCAAGACCAACUCAGAAUCAGCAGACUUACAAAAUAAUAAACACACUUUGCUUCUGUA